AUGGUGGCGGCGGCGGCGGCAGGGGCGGUGGCCGGGCUGAUUGCCCCGGGGGCGCCCCGAUACGGCCCCGACCUCUGCGGACCUUGGAAGGUGUCGGGGCUUGACCCCCGGUGUCUGGCUCGCUCCGCUUCCUUGGCCCGAUCCCGCCCACUGAUCGUCCUAGGCUCCCGGCCACGUCUCGAGUCGCCUCCACUUCGACAAGCCAGCCGCCUAAUAGAAAGAGCUGGUCGAUGUCGGCUAAGCAAGGUUGGAGCUGGCCGCCGCCCACUGCCAGCUCGAGUGAGGGUGGCUGUGCGACUGCGGCCAUUUGUGAAUGAAUCAGCUGGAGCAAGUGAGCUACCCUGUGUACGGGGCCUGGACAGCUGUUCUCUAGAGGUUGCCAACUGGAGGAAUCACCAGGAGACUCUCAAAUACCACUUUGAUGCUUUCUACGGGGAGAAGAGUUCUCAACAGGACAUCUAUGCAGGAUCAGUGCAGCCCAUCCUAAGGCACUUGCUAGAAGGGCAGAAUUCCAGUGUGCUUGCCUAUGGGCCCACAGGAGCAGGGAAGACCCACACAAUGCUGGGCAGCCCCGAGCAACCUGGUGUGAUUCCCCGGGCUCUCAUGGACCUUUUACAGCUCACACGGGAGGAAGGCGCUGAGGGCCAGCCUUGGGCCCUCUCUGUCAAUAUGUCCUACUUAGAGAUCUACCAGGAGAAGGUCUUAGACCUUUUGGACCCUGCAUCGGGAGACCUGGUGAUCCGAGAAGAUUGUCGAGGAAACAUCUUGAUUCCAGGCCUCACACAGAAGCCGAUCAGCAGCUUCACUGAUUUUGAGCAGCACUUCUUACCAGCCAAUAGGAAUCGGACUGUAGGUGCCACCCGGCUUAACCAGCGGUCCUCUCGGAGCCAUGCUGUGCUCCUGGUUAAGGUGGAGCAGAAGGAACGUUUGGCCCCAUUCCGCCAGCGGGAAGGAAAACUCUACCUGAUCGACUUGGCUGGUUCAGAGGACAACAGGCGCACUGGCAACAAGGGCCUGCGGCUGAAAGAGAGUGGGGCCAUUAAUAACUCCCUUUUCGUGCUGGGCAAGGUGGUGGAUGCACUGAACCAGGGCUUCCCUCGUGUACCUUACCGGGACAGCAAGCUCACUCGCCUCUUACAGGACUCUCUAGGUGGUUCAGCACACAGCAUCCUUAUUGCCAACAUUGCUCCUGAGAGACGCUUCUAUCAAGACACAGUCUCUGCUCUCAACUUUGCUGCCAGGUCCAAGGAAGUGAUCAAUCGGCCUUUCACCAAUGAAAGUCUGCAGCCUCACGUCUUAGCACCUGUUAAACUGUCUCAGAAAGAACUGCUAGGCCCUUCAGAAGCAAAGAGAGCUCGAGGCCCUGAGGAUGAGAAGAUUGAGGGACCUGAGUCCCUAGAAACUCCAGCUUCUAUUUCCCAGAAACUCAGCCCCCUACAGAAGAUAAGAAAUAUGGACCCAGCCAUGCUGGAACGCCUCCUAAAUUUGGACCGUAUGCUGGGUGCCCAGGGGACCCAGGGUGCCCCUCUGCUGAAUACCCCCAAGCGAGAACGCUUGGUGCUCAUGAAGAAAAUGGAGGAGAAAGAUUUAGAGAUUGAGAGGCUCAAGGUGAAACAAAAAGAACUGGAAGCCAAGGUGUUAGCCCAGGAAACUGUAGUUGACGAGAAUUGCUCUCCGACAGUGCUGCAGCCCUUUGCUCGUCGCACAGUCACAGUGGCAAAGCCUCUAAAAAAGGCUGUGGUGAUGCCCCUACAACUGAUUCAAGAGCAGGCUGCAUCCCCAAGUGCUGAAAUCCACAUCCUGAAGAAGAAGAGAGGCCGUAAGAAGAAAAAACUGGAGACUCUGGAUGCCUCAGAGUCUGAGGAAAAUGCUGAGGACUGCUGGGAGUUACAGAUCAGCUCAGAGCUGCUGGCCCUUGGACGCAAAAAGAUCUUAGAUCUUUUGAAUGAAGGCUCUGCCCGGGAUCUGCGCAGUCUGCAGUACAUUGGCCAAAAGAAGGCCCAGCUCAUCAUUGGCUGGAGGGAGCUCCAUGGCCCCUUCAGUAAGGUGGAGGACCUGAAACUCGUGGAGGGCAUAUCAGGGAAACAGAUGGAAUCUUUCCUGAAGGCCAACAUUCUGGGCCUCGCGGCCGGCCAGCGCUGCGGCUCUUCCUGA